UUUUCGCUCAGGUCCAAGGUCAAUAGUUCACUUAAACUAGCCUAAGUAUACAGUCGUUUUUUCUUAUCAUGGCUAGUGUCACUUCGGAGAAAUUUGGUAAAACGCAAGAUGGUCAAGAUGUUACGAGGUAUGUGUUCACAAAUAAGAACAACCUGGUUGUGAAGAUUAUGGACUAUGGUGGAACAAUAACAGAUAUUCUGGUUCCAGACAAAGCAGGGAAUGUGACUGACAUCUGCCCUGGGUUUGACAGUCUUCAAGGAUAUGAAGCAAAUCCUAUAUACAUGGGUGCUAUCAUUGGUCGUUUUGCUGAUCGUAUUGCUAAUGGUACUUUCAUAUUGGAUGGGGUUAAAUACCAGCUCAAUUGCAUGGACUUGAAUGAAUCAGGACAUUUUCUACAUGGUGGGAAGAAAGGCUUUGAUAAGAUGGUGUGGAAGUCACACCUGGAAGGCAGUAAGCUGGUUUUGAAGUAUGUCAGUGCUGAUGGGGAGGAAGGGUUUCCGGGAGAACUGACGACCACCGUCACGUACGAACUGACAGAUGACAAUGAACUCAACCUUACCUACACAGCAACAACAACAAAAGCGACACCACUCAAUCUGACCAACCAUGUGUAUUUCAAUAUAGCAGGGCACGACAAUGGAUCAUUAGAUAACCAUAUGGCAACAGUGAAUGCUGAUACUUAUUUGCCAAUGAGUGACAGUUACAUACCUACAGGUGAAGUCAGGAAGGUUGAUGGAUUGCCGCAGGAUAUGAGGCAGCCAUCUCGUCUCGGAGAUAGAAUACCGAAUAUUCCUGGAGGGGUUGGAUUUGUGUGUUAUUACAUUUUGGACAAUAAAGGAGAAAAGAAAUUUGCAGCUAGAUUCGAAGCAUCAGGUCGUUUUAUGGAAUGUUACACAACUGAGCCUGGACUGAUGUUCUACACAGGGUAUUAUCUUAACAACACUGGCAAGAAUGGGGCCCAUUACGGGAGGUAUUCAGCAUUCUGUCUGGAAACUCAGCAAUAUCCGGAUAAUGUCCAUCAUGAUAAUUUUCCAAACAGCAUCUUAAGACCUGGCGAGACCUACAAACAGUCAACAACAUACAAGUUUGGAGCUUCAUCUUGAUCUGUUAACUCUUCAAAAAGAAGGUUACAAAGUUAACACAUCCAAGUACAGAAAUUAAAACAGAAGUUGUUAUAAAACUUUGGAAAUUAAUAUACACUUACUUAAUUUAUUAGUAGUUUUAAUAAGUGCAAUAUGUAAAUUUUUACAAUGAAGCAGAUCAUUUAUGUUUUCUUCUUUGCUUAAUUUUUAUGUAGAAAAUAGUCAUAUGUUAAACAUAUUACAAUAUUAAUACGUAGGACAUUUUGAAAUGGUCAUGAGACAUACUAACAUAAUUAUAUUGUGACUACAUUAUGUAUGCUUUAGACUGGUAUCAUCAUAUUUCGUUCUGUCCAUAACUAACGUAUUUGUAACCCCUGUAACAAUAAGGUCAAAACUGCAAACCCAUACUAAAAAAAAAAAAAAAAAAUGUUUUGAAAUAAGUAUUGCAAUAUAGUUAUUAUUUAAUAUUUAUGGGUUCUUUUUAAAUUAAAGCAGAAGUAAUAAAUUAUUUUAAAAUUUAAUCCAUAUUUUCCUUCAAGAAAAUGAGCAUAUCUACUACUUCUGGAUUCAGUGCUACCUUCUGUGCUGUUACUAUGUCCCCGACUGUACUGUCCAUGCCUUGUUAUCAGAUUAUAGUAGUUAUUUACUGUGAUUAGGGGGAGGGGGUUUAUUUACAAAUAAGGGCUUAUUUUCUUAAAUUCUUUGAAAAGGGAGCGGCCUGUUCAAAGAAACAAUAAUGUGAAAAAAUUCUGACAAUUUUUUCAUAGCGUUACUGCCAAACAGCUGUAAAGGGUUGCAAACAAAUCACUACACAUUUUUACAUCGAUUACAGCUAAUUUUGUGGGUAAAAAUAAUGGAAAUACAGGGUAAGAAUGUCUCAGGUUAGCACAUUUUCCCCCAAAUAUUAAUAUUGAGGAUUUGCUCCAGCACUAGGGGGACAGUUGCCUCUCCUAUUCCCAUGUAAUGACUAGCAUAGGUUAAAUAUAUGUAUGUGUAUAGUUUAUAUUUUUGAAAUGAUUUUGGAGUAUAUUUUAUUAUCUAUUUUUAACCUUUACUUGCAAUGUUACUCAAUUGUUGUUAAUGUUUCACUAUUAAUAUUCAUUCUGUACUGAAAGGUAUUGGCAGCUAAAGAAUAAUUGCAAAUAUUGUGUUAAAGCUUGGCUAAAAGUUCACUACAUUCCUGUUUCCAAAGAGUUUAAUAUAGGGUUUUACAUUAUGUUUUUGUAGUAAUGGCAUUAUGUCUUAUACUUGAAUAAUAUGCCAUACUAUCACAAUAUUAUGUAUGUUGCAUGCAGUCACAAGUACAAUUUGGACAUUUUGACAUAUUCGUAUUUCAUAAUAAUCAAUGAAAAUUAUGUGCUGUUUUCAAUAUAUUACUUAGCUUGGUCUGCAUACUUUAAUAGUGGCUGGUACAUUUUUAUCAUUAUGCAUUUUGGCAUAACUGUCGGCAUAAUAUUCAUUGGUAGUGGCUUGUAGAAAAAUUAAUUUCAGGAAGAAGAAUGGUGUGCUGGAUAAAGUAAUACAUAAAUAAUGUAUACCGAAAGAAGAAAAAAAAAAAAUAUAUAUAUAUAUAUUAAAUAGAUCGUCUAAUUAAAAGUCUUAAUGUUGAUCCAUACAGUAUUUACUUUUUGAUUAGGAUGUUCCGCUAUUCUGGAGGUCCAAUAAUUCAACAAUACUCGUCAGUAAUAUGGCUCAUUUCAUGGCCUUUGUGCUUCAGUGUUAUCUGGGAAUAGGAUUAGUAUCUAUGGAGUAAUGAACCUUCAGAAUACAGACAUCUCCCUUUUGUCUUUGAUUUACAUUCUAUAUUUGUAAUUGUUGAAAUUUGGCCUCUUCUGGGCAUAUUAUGCAAUAAAGAUUUAUUUUUCUGUAAA